CGUUUUUGGAGUAGCGUAAUGUCGUUGGAUGUUCAGCCGUUUUCCCCUGCUGUGAUUGGAUAAAAUGCCAGGGCUCCGCUUCGUUCCCUCGCUGGGUUCUUCAUCGAUUUCUUUCCGCCUUUCCUUUGAGUGGCCCUCGGGGCAGGGAGGACUUAGGUGACUGUUUGAAGAGGCGACAGAGACUACGGGAGUGAAGAUGGCGGCGGUUGGCAUUGGUGAGGAGGUUGGUGGCGUCUGCCAGCAUCACGCACAGCAGACGAUAUGUGCAUCUCGCGCUAAGUAUCGCGAAGGGCGCCGGCCAAGAGCAGUGAAGGUUUACACUGUCAAUUUAGAGUCUCGAUAUUUGUUAAUCCAAGGUGUUCCUGCACUGGGAGUUAUGAAGGAAUUAAUUGAACUUUUUGCUUUAUAUGGUACUGUCGAGGAAUAUAAUCCACUAGAUGGAUAUCCAGCAGAAGAAUUUACUGAAGUGUACUUGAUCAAGUUUUUAAAAAUACAGAGUGCAAGGGUAGCCAAAAGAAAACUGGAUGAGCGGAAUUUCUUUGGCAGUUUGCUACAUAUAUGCUAUGCUCCAGAAUUUGAGAGUGUACAAGAGACCAGAGACAAACUAAAAGACAGACGAAAAUAUAUAGCAAAAGCAACCAGUUGUAAAGAGCGAUCACUGGAAACAAAACAGGAUGGUUGUAUACGUUCUCCAAAGAUCAUGCAGUUGGUUUGUCGAUCAUGGACAUCUAAAACAACAGCCAUUAGCAAAUGGAAUCCAGCAACAUAUACACAGGACCCCUGUCAAUCUUCCUGUUCCACAUUAUUACUGAAACAUAUUACAUCUCCUUUAGAACAACAUUGCCAGAGUCUGGUAGUAGCACCUCACUAUUCUCGUCACUGUGCUACAACAUCUGCAUGCUUUAGCCAAAAGAUAAAAAUGGAUAAGAAGCCACAGCAAAAAAAGCAUGACACAUUGGCUUGCUGGAACCUAGGAAGAAAGAUUGCAUGUGAUGAAGGUCUUGCAAGAUUCAUGCCCCGAACUACUCAACUUCAGGAACGAAAGAGGAAAAGAGAUGAAGACAACAAACUUGCCCUUUUGGGAAGAGAGCCUAAUGGUGAAGAAAUCAUUUUUGGCCCAAAGCUACCAGAAAGACCUAAAAUAGAUAUGGAUGAUGAUUCACUGAACACCUCAGCAAACUUAAUUCGUAAUAGACUAAAGAAGAUUGCUGAUCCAAUUCAAACUUUAAGUUCAUCUGAAGAAUUAUUAGUGGAAGAUCAAACAAAGCCAGUAAUAAAGCAGAGGCGGCGAAUAUGAAUAUUUCUGCUUGCAUGUUACAUUUAUAU